GUCUGCCCCAUCCCGGCUGCGCAACUUCCUGCUGGGCUUCCUCCCUUCGCUUUCAUGCAGGCGCGUUCGGCUGCUGUGGGCCCUUGGCUCUUCGGCGGAGUGCCGCAGGCAGGUGCCUGCUUACUACGAAACGGCUAGCUGCAAUCUUGAAUCGGCCCUUCCAGGUGCUUCGCCCGCCACCGCCAAUGCCACGACAGGCCACGGGGCAGCUUCGGACCACCUUGGACGCUGGGCCCCCAACUGUUUCCCCGCUUCGUUUGUGCAGGGCGAUGGACAGACCAGCGCCAAGGAGACGCCGGCCAAACACUCAGGUUGA